AUGCAACGCGGGCGUCAAGAAUCUAUCGCUUCCAUUUCCUCGACCUCCUCGACCUCCUCUCACUCCUCCAUAUCUACUCAGAACACCACGGUCGCCAUUGACUGGCGUCAUGGCACACCACCACGCGAUCCUCAUCGCUUUGGGCCAGGCGUCGAUUUCGAAGCUAUCAUGAGACUGCCACAACCACCAUACCGUGACCCAUUCAACUUCUUCGCACCUACGCCACCGAUGGUGGGUGACCGAGAGCCUUCUCCGAUGCUUUGGGGCCUUGGACCAGAUUCCAGCCCUAUCACUGGCGACUGGGAAGCAGUCAGUCAGCGAUGGCCCGAAGUUGCGGCGCGUAAUGAUGCCUCCUCUGGAGCCCAGAGUGGUCCCAGUUCGAGCCCUAGCAAGCGGACUAAAGGCCAGGGUGUCAGUCCGACUAGACGAUCUACUCGCGUGUCGGUGCCGACACGUCCAAUGGAGCCGUAUACUAUUACGAUACCGUCUCCAAGUCGGUCAAGGAGAGUCGUGUCUGGCUCUUCUACUACUAGUACUCCUCCGAAGGCUUCCCCGCGUCGUGGCACGAAACGGGUACCACAGCCAGGCGAGAAGGCUUCCGGAUCCUCGGGUAGUGGUACUCGAGGGGGAGUGAAAUCAAGGAAGAGCCGAAAAUAG